UCUAUUUAUGGAUUUGUUUGGGAAGGGAAAGAGCAGAAUAGGAGAGGAAACCCCGGACCUUGCCUUUGUCGUUGUUGGCUAACAUUGUGCCUUCUUCAAGAAGCAAAUUAAAAAUCGUCUUUUUACUGGGCGGCGCUGCGGCGCUUGCUAUUAGUAGCGCGCCUACUUCUCAGUUUUCCUCGUGCUGUGAUAUGGCGGAGGACUUGGAGGUCGGAGAGUUCUGGCUUCCUCUGGAGCUACUCGAAGAUAGCUUCGCUGUCGAGAAAGAGGAGUUACAGCCGGGCGAGGAACCGGUCGAUGUGACGAUGGGGAUGAAGAGAGAUGGGGAGGAGAAAGAUUACAUGGAUGGCCUCACGCGGCGAAUGACUCAAUCCUUCCUCCAGGACGAUAAGGAGGAGGAGGAGGCAAAGAGGACAGCGGCGUGGUCGUCUCCUUGGGAGCAGUGGAAGGGGGACGAGUGGGCUCUGUUCCAAGAGACGGGAGGAUGGGUGGCAGCGUCUGCGAAGCUUAAUUGGGAGCCAAGGAGGCAAUGUCCGGCGAAGAACUCCGGCCCUGGCGGUUGCUUCGCGUCACCCCUUAACGCUCACUACCAUUGGGAUGCCGCUCGAAUAUUCCAACUGAGGCAGCAGCAGUUUGCUGCGGCAUGGGAGCGGCAGACGAUGACAAGCAGAGGCAGAGCAGGCGGCCGUGGUGCGCCGCCUCGCCAACUUCAGCAUCGACACAUGCCAGGAGCAGGGAUGAGAGCCGUCUUCCUUCGCAGAUCCGGCGAGCGGAAAGAGCCCGUCGGCACCGGCGUCUUUCUCCCCAGGACCGCGACGCGCAACACCGAACGGAAAAAUAACUCAGGUAGCUUGCUGCGAUCUUACUCCAUUAACCUAGCUAGAGAUUACAAAUUUUGCUACCUUCUCCUUCGAAUUGAUUCUUGUUUAUUUGAAACAUCUAUUUUACGGACGAUACUUUUCCUGUUUUCCUUUGAUCGAAAUCCAAACGCAGCGGCUUGUCCGACGGUGCGAAUUCCGGCCAAGGUGGCGCAGGCUUUAAACUUGAACAUUGAGAACUUCCCCAGUGGAUUUGUUCUACAACAUGAUGCUUUCGUAGAGGGAAAAAAUGAGACUUCUGCGACGGCGGUUCCUAUAAGCUCUGGGCUUCCUCAAGAAUGGACUUACUGACCCACUCCACCAGCUUCACUGAAAGAAUUGUGUUGGUUGGAAGCCAUGAUCAGAAAGUGCAUAGUUUUGCUUGUAACGGAAGAAUGCAUUGAUGAUAAGAAAUGAAAAUAACAAUAAAUAAUAUACUUUUUCUCUUCUAGUGUGAUGAAAUCAGGAAGGGAUUUGUUUAUGAUUGCAGUAAGACCCUCGCAAAGCAAAAAGCUUCAUGUGACGACAUUUGUAACUCGUGAUCAUUGGAUGUGUUCUUGUUGUCUUUUAAAGUUUUGUAACCUCUCAAAUCUCUAUUGAACAGCACGGAGUUGGAGUCCAUACACA